AUCUGCUCGGGGCCGCUCGACUCCGCGGCGAAUCGCUCGCCGUCGAUGGGCCAUCCUAAGGCAGCGCCUGGCCUCCGGAAGCGUCCAGCGGUAGCGGGCCCCGUGGCUGACAGCCCUUAGUCGGAGGCCGUAGGGCGGAGAUUCCGCUCGUGAUAGAAGCAAACAGAGAGCGGCAGCAGCGCUCUCCUCCAGUCCUCCUCCCUAAGCAGGCAGACACCCGCCGUCCUAGAUCAACCCGAUUGACGGCCAGGAUCAUGUAAUUGCCGCCGCAUCGACGGGAAUUGCUUGGCUUCCGUGUAAUGAAAGGACGGAUUUAAAAGGAGCUAGCGGCCGCGCCGCUCCAAUUGGGCUUAUUUAGCCCGUGACGUCCGCGAGAUUCCUCUCUCUCUCCUCUCGAUCUCGUCUUCUUAUCUCUCGAUCACACUUUCGCUCGCUCGCUCGCUUCCGUUUUCUUCGUGGCGACACGAAGCCGUCCACUUCGAUCUGCACUCGGUUCGCUCCGUUCUCUUCAGUUUGUUGCUGUUUGAUAUUAUGAGAAUCGACCGGUAUUUGGCACAGAGAACGUGAUUUAGUCAGCUGGUGGUUCAUAGUUGAGUAGAAAUUUCUCAAGCUUGACACCAAUCUUUAGGUGCCAUUCUGAUGCAUUUUCAGCUGAUGAAGGUUUGAAUGAGUAGAAAAUUCUCAAGCGUGACACCAUUCUAUUAGGCACUAUAUUGGAACAUUUUCCACUGGCAGAUAGUAAAUACUUAUAUCCAAUGAUUAUGUACGAGCAAGAUUCUGAAAUUCAUCGCUGGGGUCUCGACUUUCUUAAUUGUGACCUGUUUUCUGUUACUCCAUACUGUGGAGUCAACACCCAACAUGAUCCUGAUUUCUAUGAUAAUAAUUAUGUUGGGCAUGCUCAGAUUGGUACAGAAUGUACGACUGUCGAGUACGAUGAGAUUAUGGCACAUGCUCUUCAGGAAGAACUUUCUCAACUUGCUGUUGCUGAAGCUUCAGGCUCUACUCAUGCAGAAGAUGAAUGCUUGCAAGUAUCAGGUCUUACACAAGAUUGGUUUAGACCCUAUACAAAAAAUUACAUUUCAGGGAAUGAGAGUAAUCAUGAUGAUGAGGAGGAUACAGAACCCACCAGCUCAUGUUCUAGUCCUGGGGAGAACUCUAAUGAAGAGGAGCAAUGGACAUUAGAAUUAACUGAUGAAUACUUGGAGAUUGAUGGUGAAGUUGGUAAAAGGUUGAAUCAAAUGAUCUCAAUUCCUCAUGUUCCUAGAAUUAAUGGCGAAAUUCCGUCAGUUGAUGAAGCUACAUCGGAUCAUCAAAGGCUUAUAGACAGGUUACAAAUGUAUGAUUUGGUUGAGCUGAAGGUCCAAGGAGAUGGAAACUGUCAGUUCCGAGCAUUAUCUGAUCAAUUCUAUCGGUCACCGGAGCACCACAAAUUUGUGAGGCAGCAAGUUAUUAACCAGCUUAAAUCUCACCCCGAAUACUACGAAGGAUAUGUACCGAUGGAGUAUUGUGACUAUCUUAAAAAGCUGUCAAAAAGCGGGGAGUGGGGUGAUCAUGUCACUUUACAAGCUGCUGCAGAUUGGUAUGGGGUCAAAAUUUUUGUAAUAACAUCAUUUAAGGACACUUGCUACAUAGAGAUUCUUCCAAACACUCAGAAGUCCAAACGAGUAAUCUUCUUGAGCUUCUGGGCUGAGGUGCACUACAACUCGAUAUAUCCCGAAGGGGAUCUCCCUCCCUCGGAUUCAGAUAUAAAAAAGAAAAAACGAUGGUGGCAGUUCAGGAAUAAGCAUUAGAUGAACAUACCGUGAUCUUCUGUUCCUGGGAAAUUGCAAUUCAAUGACGAAACUUAUCGAAUCGGAUAUGGAUCGUUGCUUUCAAUACUCGUAUCAGAUACUCUGUUGAUGUUAUCGUCUUCCAAAUGGUUCAUGGUAUAUGAAAAAUAUGGCAUUAGUCCAUGAAAAGCUUAUUGCUUCAUCAGGAUUUCAAGGGUAUGCAGUUAGCUUAUCAUGCCUGCAUGUUCAAGUUCCAUUUGAAAAAAAAGGAAAUAGACAUAAAAUUAUAUCAUUAAUUUUAAAAACUUACAUAUAUAUACGAGGUUGCUUGAAA